AUGAUUAUCAAGUAAUGUUUAGAAAUAAUUGAACCCAAAAGCUGCUCAUCAUUCUUGAUCACCUUCUGUGGAAAAAUCAAACUACUAGUUUUAAAUCCAUGCAAAACCAUAGCAACGUAAGACAACAGCAGGAUACUUCUUAACAGGGAAUUUAGAAUAUCAACAUCUCUGGCUCGAGGAAGAAGACUAUUGUUAUAAAUUGUAAAUCAUGUUUAAUUAGAAAAUAUUAAGGAACUUAUUACAAAAUCUAAAUCUAUGUAUAAGCUCAUCGGAGCACUUAAUGAUACUCAAAAUAAGUAGAAGACUAGUGCAUUAGGUAAUAAGUGA